CUGUGAUGACAGUUUGUAAAUGGUCUAAAAUAAUAGCCGGCGUCUUGUUUUAGAAAUAUCCUCUGUAAAUUGUAAUAAAGCUAUUAACUAUUGAAUUACAAUUAUUAAAAAAAUGGCUGUUAACAGUGCCACGUCCUUUGUAUUAUCAUCGAUAUUAACACUUUUAAUAUUUUCUGGAAUGCAAAUGUACAAACCCAUUUUGGUAAAGUCUCCAAUUACAAUCAUAUUUGGAGGUUAUCUUGGCUCGUUGAUGUUCAUGUUCUUCGUAACUGCAGUAGGAAAUCUAGAAGCCACAUUGUUUGGAAAAAACUUUCAAUUGAAAUUACCAGAGAUUGUUUUGUCCAUGGCUAUAUCUUUAAUAGCAGCAGGAAUGGUUCACCGAAUUUGUUUUACAACUUGUUUGAUUUUUUCUCUCAUGACUAUUUACUACAUGAAUAAGUUAUCACAGAAGACCUAUGCAACAUCAGUUCAACCUACUGUGCAAGUUAAAAGCCGCCGUCAUAAGUAAUACUUAUGUACUUUACAUGAUAUACAAAUAAAGUAUUUGGUUAAAAAAAUUGUUUAUUUUAAUCAUUCAAAUUUUACAACAAUAGAAAGCACACAAUCCUUUUUUUCACUAUUAUAUGAAUGAAGUUACUAUACAUUUUAUCAGGUAGAACUUAAUAUUCUCUUACACUUUUUAGAUAGUUCUAAUAAAAAGAGAAUACAGUAUCUCCUGAUACUUUAACAUAAAUGUUAAUGGGUAUGUAUGUAAUGCUAUAAUAAUUAUAGUUAAAGUUUUAACAUUAGUUAUGCUUUAAAGUAGGUAUAUACUAAAAGAAAUAAUUUGAAAAUAAAGCAUAUUCACAACUGUGAAAUUAAAUCAACUUAAUAAUUAAUAAGGUAAUGAGUAAAUCAUUUGAAAUAUCAACAAAGAUGAAUGUCAGUGUAGAGAGUUCAAUACAUGUGUUUACUUAGCAAGCAUUCAUCUUUAUAAAUAUUUAAUUAACAUUAGUAAUAAAUAUAUUUGCACAAGACAAUAAUUGUUAUAAUAUUCUAAUUGUUUAUGUAUCCCUUAAAACUAAUCUCAUUGCACAAGGGAAUGUACCCAAGUAUAUUUGCACUUAUUUUCAAACAUGGUUUUAGUAUUUAAUAUUUUUAUAAACUUAAUAUAAAUGACAUUGGGAUUCUGAAUACAUAUCAAUCUUUUGUGUUUAUAAUAAAAUACAAUUAAUUAGUUAGUUAUACUGGGGGAGCAGUAGCAUAAUUUUAAAAGUGGAAAAUAUGAUACUUAUAAGUCAAUGAAUUAAGUUAUGGUAAAGUUUUUAUUUCCAAAAUUUACAUAUUAUUUAUUUACCUAUUGGUAUUGUGGUAAACUCUUUAUACUUAUUUAACUUUUUUAGCUUAUAAAUUGACAGAUUUUAAUUUAAAAUAAUAAAAUAUUUUUGUUAAAAAAGCAACUAACCAUAAAUGGCUAAUAAUAAAUAAUUUGCCUUACAAUUAGUGAAUUUUUGUCAAUUUAUAAGGAAAAGAAACAGCACAAUCUGAAUAGAUGAUUUUAAAAUAUAUGUAUUUAUUUCACUUAACAAUAAUAAUACUUUACUUUCAUUAGAUGCUUUAUGCCUGGUGCCUCUUGAAAAGAUUUUUUGCAAGUAGGUAUGUAUAAUUAAAAUAUAUCAAAAUAUAAUAAUUAUCACAAAUCAUCAAAAAGAUUUCCAAUAUGACAGUGUAAAUUUUAAGUAAACAGAUUGUACAAUCUUAUAAUCAGUUUGAUAUGGCCUUUAUUUUUAAUUUUAGUAGAUGACUGUUUUUGGCACGCAAACAAUACCUUCAAAGAAGAAAAUAUGCUUAUUAAUUCUAUAAACAAUACUAUCUAAAUAACAAUAACUGUUGUUUAAUAACAGUGAUAUUAUCAUAGACCAAUAGAAUACCUUAUUAUACAUAGUUACUAAAACAAUAACAGAGAAUCAUAUAACAAUAUUUGUGUAAAUAAAGAUUCAACUGAUAAUCCCUGAAUGUGAAUUUUAUCACAGAAUUAUAAAAUCUUUAAGGCACUGUUUCGGACGCAAUAUUGUAAUGAAUUAUUUUUUUAGAUAAAACUAUAAAUAUUCUUAUUUAUCAAGAAUGUAACAUAUAUAUUGUAUUAAGUAUUUGUAAUUUUAUUUAUCAUUGUUGGUAAUACUCAUAAUUUACUUCAAAAAUGUCACAUUUUCUGUGUUGAAAAAACUUACUUCCAACAAUGAUUUAUACUAUUUUAUGAUUUAUAUAUUACUUAUUUCUUAUAUGCAUACUGUUAUUGCGAACAUAUGGAUUUUGUAAAAUUCUUGGUGUUGUUUCCAUUACUCUCAGCAAUAAAUCAUCUAAAUAAUUCUCAA